AUAUUCCGCAGAAGCUGCCACAGGAUCUACAUCUUCGUUUCUCCUGUCGUAUUCCUCUGUGGAAAACGUUGGAAAUACCUGGAAAUUAGGGAAUAUCAUCGCAUUAUCUGUAUUAAGUUUGUUCGUAACCCUUUCAAAAGCAUACGACUGUGUUUGUCCUACUGAUGAAGGACCGUUGCAUGUAUACACCAUACAUUAUACCAAAGACAUGACCCAGAUUGUAACAACAACAAAAGACUGUUUGAGGAUUAAAGCCUCUUAUACAGGGGGUUAUAGUGUCGUUAUUAACGGAGAGAUAGGCUUCGUGAUCCAUGGUGGUAUUCGAAUUAAUACAGACUGUACGUCAGAAACCAUGAAAGACCACAAAAGCAUUUCCAAAAGAUUUUUCUUCACCGAUAUGAUGAAAGGAAUGAUGGAAGGGAUGAAAUCGUCAAUGGGAGGAAUGAUGACAGGCGCCGAGAAGAUGGCAUGCGAUUCUACAUGUGGAGUAUGCGAUUGUGGAGGUAAUUGCUUCGAUCGACAGCCAUGCAAACUUUGUAAGGAUUUACUCUGCUCCAAUAACCAAAUAAGUUACCAGAUAACUGACAAGACAACGACAAAAGCAACAAUAGCACCUACCCCCAUGUUUACCAGCCCGUCUACAGCAGACACUCAAUCUCCAAUAACUGUGACACAAAAAGCUUCGACCAACAGCCCAUGUCAAAGCUCGCCUUGUGUGAAUGGCGGCUUGUGUGUGGAAAAAGACCAGAGUUAUUUAUGUUACUGUCAAAGUUCUCCACUUGGUUCUAUAAUAAAUACUGGGAAGAGAUGUGAAUUGAACAUAGAUUUACCUAAGACAUUGACAACAACAUGGCUCCACAUAUUCGGAAAAUAGCAGCAGCAUUAUAGAAAUGAUAUAUUU